AAAACACGAUAUUUGGCGAAUUUAAAAUUAUUUAUACUAAUACUAAUAUUUCCACGUCGCGAUUCAAAAACUUUUAUUACUAAUUUCUAAAUCCACAUUCGGUAAAUAUAGGCUAAAGUCACAAAUUCCAUGUACGCACACUAUAAGUUCUCGAUACGUUCUAUUUGUAAGGAAUUUAAUAACGUUUCCGUACUCUUUAUCCGAUGAUUAUCAGUGCUCAUCUGUCACCGAGAUAAAAUAUAAUUAUUUUCGUGUGCGCAAAUCAGUUAUACAUUUAAUAUAAUCGUGGUGCGCAAACGAGUUCCGAUUUUUUAGGUAAAAAUUAUAGAUUGUGCGCAAACAAGUUGCAGCCAACUAUAUUAUAUAAUCUAAUACCUAUGCCGAUAUGCAGAUUUAGAUAUCAAAACAAUCACCGGUAUAAUAUAGUUCUUGCAUUAUUAUAUUAUAAGUUAACAAAAGUUCAAAUAUGAAGACAAUUGCAAUUAUUAAUUUAGUGUUGUUUGUUGGUGUAACGCGUGGCCUUCAUCAAAACGUGGAAAACUCACAUUAUACAGAUUACAAAAAUCGCAUUUCAAAGGGAGCCCGUUGUAAAUAUGCAACAAACGAUAUCCAUGAAAAUGACAACAUUCAGGAUACAAGAACGUAUAAUUUUAUAAUAAGUGAUUUAUUAACUGAUAAUGCAGAUCCAAAUCCUUCUACAAUACCGUCACUUAUGAAGGAACCGGAAUCUACUGGACUCUUAAGCCCAGACGAUAUUAACCUUGCCGACAAAUGUUUUUCUAAGCCCGAUUGUGAUAUCGAGUAUCGGUUUAGAACUAUGGAUGGUAGUUGUAAUAACUUAGAUAAUCCAGUUUGGGGACAAGCUAAUACAGCAAACAUACGAAUUAUUCAAGCAAACUAUUCAGAUAAUAAUAGCGAAAUAAGAAAAGCGAAAUCGGGUAAUGAAUUACCAAAUGUCAGACACAUACGAACAACUGCUUUCAUAGAUAAAGAUUUUCCGGCACCAAGACAUAAUUCACUUAUGAUGCAAUUUGGUCAAAUUAUUACACACGAUACUGCAUUAUUGCUUUCCAAAACUACAUUAGACGAUAGCAGUCCACUGGAAUGUUGCAAUCCAGAUGGUACUACCCCAGAAAAUCUACCAAAACAAUGUCUUAAUAUUACAAUCCCCGAGGACGAUUCCGGAUCGAAAAAACGAUGUUUAUCCAUUGCACGAACAGCUGACACAUCUGAUCUAGGGUGUACAAUCAAACCAGUUAGACAACAAACUGGAGCUUCCAGUUUUCUUGACGCUUCGUUAUUGUAUGGUCCGGAUAAUGACACAGCUAUGUUCUUACGGAAAUUGGCUGAUGGAGAGCUCAAAUAUCAGUUGGGACCCAAAGAUCAGGUAUUUUUACCUAAUGUCGAAAAUUCAACACAAUUUUGCAACGUGAACAAUGAAACUGCAGUAUGCUACAUUACAGGUGAUCCAAGAGUGAACCAACUUCCUGAUUUAGCAGUUGAGACAACUUGCUUUCUUAGACUACAUAACUAUUUAUGCAAAGAACUUAAAGAUAUGAACCCAUCGUGGGACGACGAAUGCAUAUACCAAAAUGCAAGGAAAAUAGUUAUUGCAAUGUAUCAGCACGUUACAUACAACGAAUACGUUCCGGAACUUUUAGGAAAGGAAUUCGCAAAGGCAAACAAAUUAUUACCAUUGACUGAAGGAUUUGACUACAAUUACAAUAAAUCUAUAAACCCUACUACAAUAACUAGUUUUACUGCUGCUGCAUUCAGAUCACAACAUAGCUAUAUACAAGGGACUUUGGUCGAUGAAUCCGGGAAUGUAACAUCGAAAAUACUCUUGAGGAAUUAUUACUUUAUACCUGAAAUAGUGCAAAGGAAAGAUAAUUAUGAUCAUUUAUCAAGGGGAUUACUAACUCAGAAUGCGCAAGAUCAAGAUCAAUAUUUUACAGAAGAGGUUAGUGAAUUCACAUUCAGAACCCCAAACGAAAAGAACAGACUUGACUUGGUUAGCGUGGACAUGGAACGCGGUAGAGAUUGUGGAGUACCGCCCUACAAUAAAUUUAGGAAGCUGUGUGGGUUGAGUGAGGCUAAAACCUUUGAAGACUUGACUGAUCAGAUAAGCGAAAAAAAAGUCAAUACCUUAGUUAAAUUAUACGAAGAUGUAGACGAUGUUGAUUAUUAUGUAGCUGGUCUUUUAGAAAAUAAAAAACCCGGAUCCGUGUUGGGUCAUACGUUCCAAUGUAUUGUCGGAGAAAUGUUUUACAGGUGGAAGUUUGGUGAUCGAUUUUAUUACGAAUUUGGAAAUCAAACGGGUUCUUUUAACUUAGAUCAACUUAAUGAAAUACGAAAAACUACAAUGGCGUACAUAAUGUGCAUUACAACAAAUAUUAGUAAUGUUCAAAGGAAUGCAUUUGUCGUACCGAAUAAAAAUCAGAAUCCAUUGGUACCUUGUGAUCUUAUACCCAAGCCCGAUUUUUCUGUUUGGAAAGAAAAGUAACUUAUAAGAAAAAAGUGUCGUUUUUGUAAUAAGUAAUCAACAUUUAUGAACUUUUCUUCAUUAUGAAAUACAAUAAUAAUUGUAGUCUAAGAGUUUAAAGGUGUAUAGUUAAAUGUUUAGAAUUAUAUUAAAAUAAUCACUUAGUCAUGAUAUAAUAAAUAUAUAUCAUUUUUUAUUGAGAAUACUAAAAAAUAGGUAUUUUAUUAAUAAUAAAAAAAUUAUCAAAUAAACAAUAUCAUGCAUGCAACUAUAUAAUUAGAUACAUAUUUUUUCAACUAAGAGAAAGUUUUUUAUUAAUUGUUUUAUUUUUAAUAAAAAUAAUAAUAAUAAUAAUGUUCUGUUUGUUAAAUGAUUUAUAAUUAGUAUACGAUUCAAUGAUAUCACCUUUGGAUAAUAAAAUACGUAUUGUUAUGAGUAUGAUUUCAAUGAUAAAUAAUUGUAUGUAACUGAAAUAUAACUUUAUAUUCACCAUAGAAGCUAUAACGCACUAGUUAUACUUAAAGCUUUAAACUUAAUCAAAUAUAAUUAGAAUAAUAUUAAACUAGAUUUAUUUUUAAUUGCAGUAUAAUUAUAUAAUGUUACAAUAUAAGCUAACAACGUUUAACAGCCCCGAGCCACUGUCCAAACAACGACAAUAUUAUCCAAAAAUAUCCAACAAAAACGAAAGGUUUAUACGAAUUUAAAUACUUUUACUUAGGAUUAAGUUAUUUUUAUUGUAAAUAGUGUAGAUAUGUAUAUUAAAAUAAAACCACGAUGUAUGAA